CACAGGGGCUCAGAGCUACUAGUAGCGACUGUUCUGUAAUGAGACGGAUUAUAUCACCUGCAAGUGCAAACUUUAUAACUUUUAAUUUAUCAAUUAAACACAAUUAAUAACAUUAUUUAAGGACUUGUUUUUAUUCACAUGAAGUUUAAACUGUGGAGUGUUUGAAAACAACAGAAACACCUGUAAGAUGGAGAGGGAUGAAAUAAGGGAGGAUGAGAAGAGAAGAGAUUCUACUCAUGAAGACCAGAAUCCUGAUGAAAUAUUAGAAGGUGGUGCAGAAGAUCCUGCUCUGGUUACUGUAUCUCAAAAGGAAGGUUCUAAUGGUGUAACUUUGGAACACCGUGUGGAGUCCACUGAUGAUGUUUCACAUUCCAACACUACAGCCAGUGUAUCUGAUACAACCAUCAUCACCAACACACACUCAGGGCAGGACAGUGUUAGUGUUCCCGAUGCUGAACCCACAUCUGUAGAACUCACAAUGGCCUACAACUCCACGGUGGCUCUAACAGAUGGUGAAGGAAAUGAGAGCACAAUUCCACCAAUCGUUGAAGAGGAUAAUGAAGAAGACGAGGAGCUCAUUGUGUUGGAUCCAGAGCAUCCUCUGAUGAAAAGACUCCAGUCUACCCUGAAAGCUCAACUCACCAAGCAGCUGGAGAAACUCGACCUCGAGCUGCGUGAGAAGAUGAUGGAGGACCGGGUGGAGAACACUCAUCGUGAAGAACUCGGUGUGGCGCUUUACUCGGUUCAGCAGGAACUGGCUCGGCUGCAGGCCUUUCUGGACGGUCGACAUGAGACCACUGCUAAAGCUUCAGUCGACAGAAGACAAGCUCAAGAACAGCUGGAGGACACCAGGAACCAGUAUGACAAAUUAAAAGACCAGGCUAAAAAGCACAGAACACAGGUGUCAGAUCUGCAGUCAGAGAUGGACAACCUUGCUCGACGACUUCUCUACAUGAAGGAAGUAACCUCAGACCUGCAGUCUAAUGUCUCUGCCCUAAAGAAUGCCACGCACAAGGCAAAGGCUGAGAAACGCCAAGCUGAGGAGCAGAAACUUCAACAGGAUCUGUAUGUGGAGCGUCUAACAAAGCAGGAGGAGAAGCUGAAAGAGCAGAUCUCUAUGUACAAGGUGCAGACUCUCGCUCAGACUGAAGAGACGCGAGCGGCAAGAGACGCCUUAGCAGAGGCUCAGAUGGAGAUGGACUCUCUAAUAAUGGAAAGGAAGCAGCUGCUGCAGCAGUGGAACAGCAGCCUGGUGGGCAUGAAGAGGAGAGAUGAGGCCUACACCACCCUGCAGGAGGCGCUACGGUUGGCUAAUCAGGAAGUGCGUUGUCUAGAUGGGGAGGUGGAGGGGUACAGGCUUUCCAUCACACGUGAGCAGGAACAAAACGAGAAGCUGACGGUGCUGCUGAACCGUGCUGAGCUCAACAGCGACACCUACAGCAAACUCAUCACACAGUCAUGUACACAGCAGGAGACUUUGCAGGCGCUGUACAGCACACACUCUCGCACACUGCAGGAAACUGAGAAGAGUCUGAACAGAGUCACUAUGGAGUGCAGUGCUCGUCAGUCUGAGCUCACCAGACUGAAGAAGCAGCUGGAAAAGGAGUCAUCUGUGCGGGUGGAAUUGGAGGAGAAGAUCAUAAAAAAGAUGCAGGAACAGCUUACACAUGACAGUGCAGCCAAACACUCUCAACAUCUGAGCGAGAAGACCGCCACUCACCACAGAGACAGAGAGUCCCAGCUUUCUAAGCUGGAUAAUGAGUUAGCCACGGUGCUGCUAGAAGUCAGUGAGGUGACACUGCGUUGUGAGGCUCUGGCUCGCCUUCAGCUUGAACUGGAACAGGAGGUGACUCAACGAAACCAGUUACUGUCAGCCAAUGAAGCAGCAGCAGCUAAAUACAUUCUUAUGAUCGAGCGCAACCAGGCCACCAUUAACCUCUACAACAAGAAGAUCGAGCAGAUCGCAGCUAGCACGGGGCAUGAAGAUCUGGCUCCGCUGGAGAUCCAGGCCAGCAAUGUAAAUAAGCAACUUGAGGAAUUUGAUGCUGAGAUUAAGAAGCAGCAGCAGUUCUGGCUCUGGCAGCAGGAGGAGCUGGUCAAACUGAAUCAGGAGAAACAAGUCCAAAGCAGUGCCUUACUAACACUAAACACACAGCUCACCAUCAUGCAGCAGAGGAAACUCCGCGCUCAGAGUGAGAUAGAUCAGGAGCAGCGAGGGCUGGUUGAGUUACAGAGACACUCUAAAGCUUUGAUGCUGGACAUGCAGAAACUGAACUCACUUCUGAACCAGAACACUCAGCUCAAACAGGAACUGGAGCAGAGCAACAUUCUCAUGGAGAACAACUUCAUCCAUGCUCUAAAGGAUGCUGAGAGAGAGUCUGUGGAGAUGCAGCUGCAUUUUGAAAAGCUCCAGGAGGAAAAAGAACGAUUAUUAAACAGCUUGGUGGAGGCCGAGCGUCAGAUCAUGCUGUGGGAGAAGAAGACACAGCUGGUACGUGAAACUCGUUCUGCUGUGGAUUCAGAAGUUGGGAAGGGAGAUAUUUGCACCAUGAAGGCUGAGAUACACCGUAUGGAGGUGCACUAUGCCCAGCUGUUGAAGCAGCAGGAGAAAUUGCUGAGGGACAUGGAGACGGUGAUUGCUAGGCGUGAAAACAUUGUGACUCGCGGUGAGGCUCAGGCCCGCAGUGACCGCAAACACACCACACAUAUUGACUUUCAGCACACUCUGCAGUCCCUUCGCCGCAGCAUCCUCCAAACACACAAGCAAGCAGAAGAGUGUGAUGGAGUGAUCACAGAGCUGCAGCAGAAGCAGAGUUCUUUGAUUGAUAGUCUAAAGGAGAAACAACUACAGAUAAGCAACCUGCACACCACCAACACUCCACUCACCAGUGACCUUAACAGUCUGCAGGAGACCAGGGAGAAAAACCGAACUCAGUUGCUGGCUCUGCAGUCCCGGGUAAAGCAGCUGCAGGCAGUACGAGAGGGUCGUUACAGCCCUGUGACAAGUGAAGAACCUGCACUGGAGCUUGGCAUGCGCAAGCAGCAGGAACGCCUGGAUUCGGUCACCAGAGUUCUGCAGCGUGUGGUUCAGGACUUUCCACAGCAUGAGAGCCACCUCCAGCGUAUCACUCAGGCGACGUUCCCUUACUCAAACCACGAGAGAGUUUAAUACUAACCAUUACCUCUCCUGUGUGAUUUAUUUUUAAACUCCAGUCUUCCGUGAGAUUUUGUUUUCUUUUACACUUGACAUAAAGGCUGUUUUACCACA